AUGAAGGUUUUUAUGAGUGAACCAAUUUAUAUUAAAAUAACAUCUACAUUAGACAUAGUAGCUUUAUCAAGUAUUUUUUGUGCUAUUACAUCAUUAUUAAGAGCUUUGCGAAUUUAUACGUUAUCAUGCUUUGAUGAUUUGGAUACGAACGACGAGAAAUGUACCUACUUGAGGUCUUUAAUUUUGACGUUCAGUGUUCUUCCAACUUCUUACUAUCAAACAUCACCUCAAGUUAUUGUGGAAAACCUCGUUGCCGUCGAUGAGAAUGCUAAAGUUGUUGUGAAUCCGUCAUUUGCAAAUGAACCAUCAAUUUCAACUUCUAGGAGUAUUCCGAAAGAUAUCCACCUACCCGAAAAUGCCUCUCAACUCCUUCGCUAUUAUGAGAUUGAGACUUUGAUAGGAUUAUUUUCAAAAGAUCACCCUGCACAACUACGUCUAGUACAGUUGGAGAAUCAACUUAAGGCUAGUUGUAUGCUUAGUUAUUGGGUUGAUCCUCAUUUAUAUACUAGUUCGUAUUUUGUUAACCCUAGAGAGAUUUUUGUGUCCGAUUGA